AUGGACCAACAACAACAACAACAACAGAAUAACAAUAAUAAUAAUAAUAAUAGACCAUCAGUGACAUUGCCAUCACUUGAUCAAAUUGAACAUGUGUUACAGACAUUGUUCAACCCGACGAAUAGUGUAGCUGGUGUAGACGUGUCACAUAUACAGAACGAGGCUAAUAGAUGGCUGCUGGAUCUGCAGAAUCAUCAACAGAUAGUGGGCGUCUGUUUGGAGUUGAUAAAGACGGGCCGACCGUUCUUCUCGCAGUUCUACGGCCUGCAGACACUGUACACCAAGAUCCACCAGGACUGGGAGUCGCGCUGGACCGACGAGCUUCGUCUGGCGAUGAAGUCCGCCGUCUUCUCACGCUUCCUGGGCGUCGUCAACGAGACGCCCGCGCCAACGCCCGUCAUCCUGUCCAAGCUGGCCUCGGUCGUCGCCGCCGUCAUCACACACAGCGUGCCCCGACUCUGGGACCAUCCCGUCAGCGACCUCUUGCAGCUGAUUGCUACAAACAACGAGCUGCUGCGCCGUGGCGCCAUCGACAUCCUCACACUCAUGCCACAAGAGUUCAACAACGUUGUGCUGUCCAAUGGGCGUCGCACAUCCAUCCGCGAGUACUACGUCCAACAAUCAGAGUCCGUGACCCAUGUCCUCUCGUCCCUCAUCGAGAAAGACCCAUCACAUCCAAACAACGCUCAACUCUUGACAUGUUUCAGACAAUGGAUCUUUCACAGUAAUGCAAAAUCAAUGGCCAAGUCAAACAUUGUAAAGAACUUGUUCCAAGUGUUGGACAAUCAGACUAUGCUUGUACAAGGAAUGAGUUUGAUUGGUGAUCUGGUCAACUUCCACACAUACUUGGCACCACUAUCCGAAAGGCAACCGAUUGCCGGCUCCAAAGAGAUGCACAGCGACGAUCACAUCAACUUUGAACAACUGAUCACACCCAUCAUUCACAAGCUAGUCUCACUCAAACCAAUAUACGAUCAAUCAAUCAAAGAUCAAUCAUCUGGAGUGUGCCGUGGCUUUGCAGAGAUACUCUCACAGAUUGUAGAGUGUUAUACACCGAUCAUUAUGGACAUUAGUAGGAAGGAGAGCCAACAGGUGUUGACAUUCUUGGUGGAGGUGUGCUCACAUGCAGACAGGGAGAUGUCAGAGUUGACGUUUGAUGCAUGGUCAUAUCUGGCCGACCACGUCAAUGAUGUUGGCGACGAUCAGACUCGCGAGAGCUAUCAACAGAUCUACGCCAAGCUGCUGCAGAUAUUGAUACAGAGGUCGUCGUACCCGACUAGCGACGAGGCGUACAGCACCGACCUCAUGGACGACAUAUCCAACUAUCGCAACAACGUGUGCGACAUCAUCACCGCCUGCUUCGAGACCAUCCAAGAGGAGGAGUUUGUCCAAUACAUCCACAACCUUGCCAAGAGUGAUUGCAAGACAUGGCAGUCAUAUGAAGUGAUAUUCUAUGUGUUUAGAUGCAUUCAUCAGGAUAUCAUGGAUGAUAAUGUUAAUGCUUCAAGCUUGAUUGCAAUGUCACUCACAUUGCCAACACAUCCAAUACUGUCCAACACGAUACUGUUGAUGUUGGAAGACUAUGGCGACUACAUCUACGAACGCAGUGAGUUACUGGGGCCUGUCUUUCAAUACAUUAUCACAAUGGUACAACAAGAAGUAGUCAGAUCAGUUGCAUUGCGUACACUAUACUACUUCUGUCAGAAGUAUGGCGAUAGACUAUACGAGAACACAGAGAGUAGUUUAAUAUUAUUGGAAGGAACAUUCAAUCUACUCAAGAGCGAAGACCAGAAGAACUUUGUCGAGUCAAUAUUAUUGUUAUCAUCUUAUAUUACAGAGGAUGCACAGGCCAAGGUUGUAUUCCAGCGUCUACUACUUCCGAUCAUUGUAAAUUUAAACGCAACGUUGAACCGAUCAGAUAUACAACCAUUGGAGAAGAGUGCACUACUUGUCGAGCGAUUGUCAGUCCUGGAAUCAGGUCUAAAGAUACCGGAUGAAUACUUCCACAUAUUCAAGGACUUUGCAAACAAUACUUUACCAUUGUGUAAGACUGCACAUGACUUCUCAAUCAAACAUAGUGAUAAGGAGUCGUUGGAAGCUGUUUGGAAGGUGCUGUGGAAGAUACUCAUGGAGAUGAGCAAGGAGACAGUGUUCAAUGUUGAUGAGUUUAUCAACUAUUUGUUGGCAGACCUUGAGGCUAUGCACACACUGACCAGCUCAGCCUAUGGUACAAUCGACCUGCUCCUCAACAACUUUGGCGACAACACCAACUACCUGCCACGACUAUCCAACCUAAUCAAUGUCUUGGCCAACAAGUCACUCCCAAUCAUAUCGAAGAACAACAACGAGAGCAUUGCAGUGAUAUCAAAGUUCUAUCGUGUGAUGACCAAGACAUUGGAGAAGUGUCCAAGUGUAUUCUACAACUCUCCCAAUGUAGUGAGCAUCAUCGAGAGGUCAAUCAUAUCGAUCCUGAACAUUGAGAAGGAGUCUGUGACGAGUAUCCUGGAAUUCCUCGAGCAGCUCUAUAUCAAGUCGGUGCCACACGAGUCCCUGGUCAGGAACUACAGCCCACACAUCAUUGCCAAUCUCUUUGCAGCGAUUGUCAACGACUCGACCAAGCAACUGACGUUCUAUUUCUCCAAACUGCUGUUUGACUGGAUCACCAAGUACUUGAGCGACGCAACCAACAAGACGGUUUUGGAGACGAUCGCCAAUGCAAGGUGGCUGCCCAAGGACACGCCGGCCAACGAGCGCGAGAGACUGUCUGGUCUAAUACUCAGCAACACGACCAACAUUGCCAAGUUCAAAUCAUUGAUCGUGGACAUUUGCGAGGUGUGCAACAACCAACAGACAUGGGACGUGUUCCUGUCUUAUGAGUUGGACGCUCCAGCCAAGAAGAAGUAA